AUGGGUUCUCGAGAGAGAAAGAAAGCAGCAGCUUCGUCUCUGAAUCAUCACAAGUCUAAAGAAUUUCGUGCCUCCACAAGCUCUAGUGCUGUGGUGAACGUGGAGAAUUUAGAGAGAGGAUUUCUAAUAAACGUGUUUUCAGAAAGGAAUUCACCGGGAUUAUUGGUUCAGAUUCUAGAAGCCUUUGAAAAACUAGGACUUGAAGUUCUCGAUGCAGACGUGUCUUGUUCUGAUUGUUUUCAACUUCAAGCUGUUGGAGAAGAGAAUGAAGGCACCAAAAUCAUAAAGGCUCAAGUGGUGAAAAAUGCAGUGAAGCAAGCAAUCAAGGAAUGGAGUGAAAGUAAUGGGCAAGCAUAA